CCAGAGCUCCUCCCCAAGCUCCCGCCCCCCGUCCAGCGCCCCUCCCCGAGAUCCGCCACCGCCACCUCCCCGUCCAGCGCCCCUCCCUGAGGGGUAUUGGCCGAUCAUAGCCGGCGUGCCCUCAGUCAUGGACUCAUCAGAUGACAAAUUCGCUGUCUCGGGCCCCAUGCAUAUGAUGGAAAUUGGCACUGGCUCUUCUCCGACGAAGAUGGCUGCGAUAGACUGGGACAACCAGGAACACCGCCGCUGCAUCGCCGCCUGCCUUACUAAUGGAAUUUACGUCAUGGAGAACGAUCGAAGCAAGAUAAGGCUGCGCCAACGUGCGCACGAGCUCGCGCCGGCGUGGUGGGAGAGCUUCCACUUCCAGCUGUUUGACAAGCUCGAGCAUCCCUGCAAGUGCAUCUGCUGCAAAAUGUCCGGAGACGGCACGCGGUUCAUCUAUGGAGCCGUCUUCAAGUACUCGCCCCCGGGCGGCGCCCCCCCCCCCCCCCCCCCCCCACCCGUCUGCUUCAUCGUCGCCUUCCGUGGCACCAUGCCACGGGAUCCCACAUCUUUCGGCGACAUGGGCCUCAACCUAAGAGUCCUGUUCAACAGACAGCACUCCUCCAGCCGAUUCCGCAACGCGCGCGAGCUGGUGGAGCAGCUCCUGGACUCCAACCCCAACCGCGUGGUCUGGCUCGCGGGGCACUCGCUGGGCGCGUCCAUGGCGCUGGACGUGGGGCGGUACAUGAUGAUCAAGAGGAAGCACAACAACCUGCCGGCAUUCCUCUUCAACCCGCCCCAGGUGUCGCUGGCGCCGGCAGCCAGCGGCAUGGACGAGAAGGCGAAGAGGCGUCUGUACGGCUUCAGCUACUCCCUGAAGUACGGGCUGGGGCAGACGAUUCUAUGGCCCCUGAGGAGGCACAUGGAGGUUCUGUUCGAGUGGCUGUCGCCGUGGGUGCCGGAGAUCUACGUGCACGACCGGGACGGCAUCUGCAAGGGCUUCAUCGACUACUUCGUGAUGCGGGAGCAGAUGGGCGAACAUCUGGGCCCCCACGUAGCCAGGUCGGCCACGAUGCUGUCAUACCGCGAUGGUCUAAUUUUCAGCGCCGUGGUCGGCUUCGGCGAGAAGAACAAGGAGCAGCCGCACCUCCUGCCGUCCGCAAGGCUGUGGCUGAACUCAACCGCAGACGGCAACGCGCACGAGCUCCGGCAAUGGUGGCAGCCGAAGCUCAUGCUGACCUCCAAGCAAUACAAAUGGGUUUGAAUUAAUAGCAGCCCAAGGGUUUGCUACGACAUUUUCUAUCAACAUACAAUUUAUAACUUGCACCUACUCCGUACAAUGUUAUAGCUUGGAACAACUGCUGUAAUAAAAUUGAAGUCUUGAGGCGCCAUAAAUGAUACGGUUUCAUUGAUUUAAUAUACCGUGAGUUGAGGUAUACUACCUCUGUCAUGAAAUAUAUGUGAUUUUAAGAUUUAAAA